AACAAAUAAUUUUAAAUGUGACAUGUAAACUAUAUUAUGUAUUUUAUUUCCUAGAGAAACACGUUUCAGUAGCUCAAUGUACAUAUCCUUACUUUAUUUUGCAAGACAUUGCUUUAGAUUGGUGAACAUGAGUUCUUCAUAACGUGCGCAUAAUUUAAUGUUGAAUAUUGAACAUAUUUGUUUCUCAGCAGUGUUUACAUCAUAAUUGUGCCGGUAAAGUAACAAACGAAAAUUUACAAUGAAAAAUGAAGUGUUUUGGAUGAAACAUCUUUUUCGGAGGAAAAUUAAAUACAUGCUGCUAAGUGUUGUUAUAGUAGGUGUAUUUUUUGUGUCUUAUCAAUUGUUGUAUUUUAAAGAGUUAAAUCGAGUAAUCGUAUGGAGUACCACUAACAAUAGUCAUAAUGGUGACAAUGUAAUUGCUAAGAAAACAAAUUCCAAGUGGAACGAACCAUUACAUUCUAAACUCAUACCUGUUGGGAAAGGCAAUGUGUCAUUGCGAGGUACCCAAGCCAAAGACAUUUCCAAGUAUCUUCCUAAUGCACGAGGGAAAUUUGUAUGUUUCACAUCAAAGGAUGAAAUAGAUUUCAUUAAAAUUAAUGAUGACUACUGUGACUGUCCUUUGGAUGGCAGUGAUGAACCAGGUACCAAUGCAUGCAACAAUGGUAUCUUCUAUUGUGAAGCUUCCUCCUUGCAUUCUGCAGAGAAAAUUUCAUCAUAUAAGGUAAACGAUGGCUUUUGCGAUUGCUGUGAUGGAUCUGAUGAAUGGGCUGAAAUUACAUUACCCAAUAAACUUGACAUUGCUGUUCAACAGCGGUUAAAACGCUACCAAGUUCCCUGCUCAAAUCACUGCUAAUAAUAUAAAGUAAAAUAAAUGAUAAUUAGAAGAUACUGAAAAAAAAAUGACUGAAUGUAACUAAGUAUAGUUCUUGGUAAGUAACAUAGAUAAAGUUUUUUACACAAGAAUGUUACUAUUUUGUAAUAAACGACCUAUGAGAUGUAAAA